AUGGCAGAAGACAAGAAACCAGAAACUCACUUGGAUGCGUCCGGUGCCCAGUCCGUUGAAGACCGUACCGCCACCGCUAUCUUGAGACGCAAAAAGAAGGACAACGCAUUGGUGGUGGACGAUGCUGUCAACGAUGACAAUUCGGUCAUCACCAUGUCGUCCAACACCAUGGAAUUGUUGCAAUUGUUCCGUGGUGACACUGUUCUCGUUAAAGGUAAGAAGAGAAAGGAUACCGUGUUAAUUGUGUUGGCUGAUGACGAUAUGGAUGAUGGUGUGGCCAGAGUCAACCGUUGUGUUCGUAACAACUUGAGAGUCCGUUUAGGAGACAUCAUCUCCAUCCACCCAUGCCCAGACAUCAAAUACGCUAACAGAAUCUCUGUCUUGCCAAUCGCUGACACUGUCGAAGGUAUAACCGGAUCUUUAUUCGACCUCUACUUAAAGCCCUACUUUGUGGAAGCAUACAGACCCGUUAGAAAGGGAGACUUGUUCACUGUUAGAGGUGGUAUGAGACAAGUAGAAUUCAAGGUUGUGGAAGUCGACCCAGAAGAAAUUGCCAUCGUGGCUCAAGACACAAUCAUUCACUGUGAAGGUGAACCAAUCAAUCGUGAAGAUGAAGAGAACAACUUGAACGAUGUUGGUUACGACGACAUUGGUGGAUGUAAGAAGCAAAUGGCCCAAAUUAGAGAAUUGGUUGAAUUGCCUUUGAGACACCCACAAUUGUUCAAGUCUAUUGGUAUCAAACCUCCAAAGGGUAUCCUUAUGUAUGGUCCUCCAGGUACUGGUAAGACUGUUAUGGCAAGAGCCGUUGCAAAUGAAACCGGUGCUUUCUUCUUCUUGAUCAAUGGUCCAGAAAUCAUGUCUAAAAUGGCUGGUGAAUCUGAAUCCAACUUAAGAAAGGCUUUCGAAGAAGCCGAAAAGAACUCUCCAUCCAUUAUCUUCAUCGAUGAGAUUGAUUCUAUCGCUCCAAAGAGAGACAAAACCAAUGGUGAGGUUGAAAGAAGAGUUGUUUCUCAAUUAUUGACCUUGAUGGACGGUAUGAAGGCUAGAUCUAACGUCGUAGUUAUUGCUGCUACUAACAGACCAAACUCCAUCGACCCAGCUUUGAGAAGAUUCGGUAGAUUCGACAGAGAAGUUGAUAUCGGUGUUCCAGACGCUGAAGGCCGUUUGGAGAUUUUGAGAAUCCACACCAAGAAUAUGAAGUUGGCUGAUGAUGUCGACUUAGAAGCAAUUGCUUCUGAAACACAUGGUUUCGUUGGUGCUGAUAUUGCCUCCUUAUGUUCCGAAGCUGCCAUGCAACAAAUUCGUGAAAAGAUGGACCUCAUUGAUUUGGAAGAAGAAACCAUUGAUGCUGAAGUCUUGAACUCCUUAGGUGUCACUAUGGAAAACUUCAAAUUUGCGCUUGGUAACUCCAACCCAUCUGCAUUGCGUGAAACCGUUGUUGAAAACGUCAAUGUCACUUGGGAUGACAUUGGUGGUUUGGACACCAUCAAGAAUGAAUUGAAGGAAACCGUUGAGUACCCAGUCUUGCAUCCAGAACAAUACCAAAAGUUUGGUUUGGCUCCUACAAAGGGUGUUUUGUUCUUUGGUCCUCCAGGUACCGGUAAGACCCUUUUAGCUAAGGCUGUUGCCACUGAGGUUUCUGCUAACUUCAUUUCCGUUAAAGGUCCAGAAUUAUUGAGUAUGUGGUACGGUGAAUCCGAAUCUAACAUUCGUGACAUCUUCGACAAAGCCAGAGCUGCUGCACCAACCGUUGUGUUCUUGGAUGAAUUGGAUUCCAUUGCCAAGGCAAGAGGUGCUUCUCAAGGUGAUGCCGGUGGUGCCUCCGAUCGUGUUGUUAACCAAUUGUUGACUGAAAUGGACGGUAUGAAUGCCAAGAAGAACGUCUUCGUUAUCGGUGCUACUAAUAGACCUGAUCAAAUUGAUCCAGCCUUGUUAAGACCAGGUAGAUUGGAUCAAUUAAUUUACGUUCCAUUGCCAGAUGAAACUGCCAGAUUAUCCAUCUUACAAGCCCAAUUGAGAAACACUCCAUUGGAGCCAGGAUUAGAUUUAUUAGAAAUUGCCAAGAUUACUCACGGUUUCUCUGGUGCCGAUUUGUCAUACAUUGUCCAAAGAUCUGCCAAGUUUGCCAUUAAGGAUUCUAUCGAAGCUACUAUUAGAAGCCAAAAGGCAAAGGCUGAGAAGGAGCAAGUCAAGACUGAAGAUGUUGACAUGAAGGCCCCAGUCGCAGAAGAAGAAGAGGAAGAGGACCCAGUUCCAUUUAUCACCAGGGCACACUUCGAAGAAGCUAUGAAGACUGCCAAGCGCUCUGUUUCCGAAGCUGAAUUACGUCGUUACGAAGCUUAUGCCCAACAAUUGCAAGCAUCCAGAGGCCAAUUCACCAACUUCAGAUUCUCCGAAGACGGUGCCGGUGGUGCAACCUUGCCAGCUGAAGAAGGCGCCAAUGCUGGUAAUACCGGUGCAUCUUUCGGUAAUGUCGAGGAAGAUGACGACUUAUACAGCUAA